GAAGGACCCAUUUUUUAAUUACCAGAAAACACGAAAACAGAAGCUACAAAGAACCUUCCUUGUCCGUCCUCUACCAUUCUCUCCUCCCUCAAAACCCAUGGCUGAGUGCUGAUUGAUCCUUCCUCGUCUCUGAUCUUCACUUCCCGCGUAUCCUUCUUGGAAAAGAGUGAUCUGAUCUACGUUUAUUGGGAGAAUGAUAGCUUUCGUCUCCGUGUUUGCCAUCACUUCUUGAAUUGAGAUAAUAGCAGCUUCUUCUUCCUCCUCCUGGAGUACUGUUUCCUUCACCCUCUCUCUGUCUUCUACAAGCGAUACCAUGGACUCUGGUAACCGUGGUAGCCUCCAGUCAAACAGCGGCGGCGGCGAUGAUGACUUUGACUCCCAUGUUGACUCCCUCUCCGCCUUCUUCAGCUCCUCCUCCGUAGCUGGCGCCACCACCCUCCCACCGGCACCGCUAUCCGACGGCCAGCACUUCUUCGACUACCCGUCCAUCUCCUACCUCAACUCCUCCACCUCGCUCCUCCCCCUCGACUCCGCCGCUGCGGUGCCUUGGCUUUGCUCUCAUCUUGACUCCUCCAAUUGCACCGCUGCCGCCGUCUGCCAGUCAUCGUCGUCGAUGUCGUCAGUGCAACAGCCCGUCCCCACCGCUGCGGCAGCUGCAGGGUCGCGGAGCUCGAAGAAGCGCUCUAGGGCCUCGCGCCGGGCCCCGACGACUGUGCUCACCACCGACACGUCCAACUUCCGCGCCAUGGUACAGGAAUUCACCGGCAUCCCAUCCCCUCCCUUCGCCGCCGCGUCCUCUUCCCCCUUCGCCCGCUCCCGCUUCGAUCUCUUCCACUCUGCUUCCGUGGGCUUCCGUUGUCCCACCGACGCCCCUCCGCCCCCUUUCCUCCUCCGGCCCUUCCCUCAAAAGGUCCAAUCUCCGUCCCUUCCUACUACGACUAAUUCCAUCUCCUCCUUUUCUUCUUCUCCUCCAGCUUUGAUCCCCACAACUACUGCAUAUAGUGUCAAUACCUGUACUCCUACUGAUAACCACAACAGCGACUACCAACUACGUUAUCAAGAUCUUGGCCUCGGUGGAGGACACAGCCAAUCUCCUCCCGCCCUCAACUUUCAAUCCCCACUUCAACCCUCUCUACUCCAAGCCAAUUACACGCAUGCCAUGCCGACAAGCUUCGAUGCAAAGCCCUACGGCGUGCCGUCGGCUGAGUAUGGCAACAACGUGCUCAGCGGCCUCCUCCCAGGUCAUAUCGCGUCCAAAGCAAUGCGGUCCGGCUGGCCGGACGCCAGCACCGAUCUAGCUCAAUCGAGGCCGCUCUCGGGGCGGUUGGAGUUGGACGGAGAGAGGCAGCCGGAGAGCAUCGCAGCCACGAGGAGCGAAGGCAUGGCGGAAUCGAGAAGAGAGAUGUAGUGAGGUUUUUAUUGGACGCAGAAGGAGAGGAGUUCAUGGCUGCCUUCUUUCUCCUCAUGCACAUGACACAUGUAGCAAGCAGCACUGAGCUUGGAAACAGUAGUAGUUUGUUUCUUCUGUCGUUCGUCCCAUUUCCUCAGGCAUUGUCAACCACAGUAGCUCUUCUAAGAGAAGACUAAAGAUGUGCAUGGUGCAAUCGAAACGCAAAUAUGUGAUGUCUAUCAAUGUUUACAUUAUAAUACGAACAAAUGGGAGGAGAUGGAAAUCAA